AAUCAAGUCAAUUCCGUUAUUUCAUGGCGUUCGGCGGUUCUGUAAUUAUAUUUUGUUGCAAAUCGCUUUAAAAUGGUGUGUAAAAGCUAAUAAAGCUAUUUUAUCAUCAACUAUUGUCUUGUUUCAAAGACGUAUUGUGCAAAGCGUUGAUCGCUCUCGUUUUAUAUGUACAACAAACAAGAUGGCUGAUAUAAAGUCUAUGUUUAAUAAAAUGAACAAUUCUGUUCAAAAUGGCAAUGCUGACGCUGCGCCCGCUCCGGCCAAGGGCAACAAAGGCGCCAUCGAGAAAAUAUACCAGAAAAAGUCUCAACUGGAACAUAUUCUACUGAGACCUGACACAUACAUAGGUUCUGUUGAGCGGGCCACAGAGAAUAUGUGGGUUUUUGACAAAACUAAAGAGUGCAUGCAACAGCGCCAAUUGACUUAUGUACCAGGUUUGUACAAAAUAUUUGAUGAAAUAUUAGUAAAUGCAGCUGACAAUAAACAGAGAGAUCCCAAGAUGGAUGUUAUAAGAAUUGACAUUAACCAGGAGUUGAACUCCAUAUCUAUUUACAACAACGGCUGCGGUAUCCCAGUGGUAAUGCACAAAGAAGAAAAGAUGUAUGUUCCGACUAUGAUCUUUGGACACUUGCUGACAUCUUCUAAUUACAAUGACGAGGAAGAAAAGGUCACAGGGGGCAGGAACGGCUAUGGUGCCAAGCUGUGUAAUAUAUUCUCAACUAAAUUCACUGUGGAGACAGCAUCCAAACAGUACAAGAAACAUUUCAAACAGACCUGGGGAUCUAACAUGACAAAGGCAUCCGAACCGAAGGUUAAGGAGUCGGGCAAAGAUGAUGAUUUUACAAAAGUGACUUUUAGUCCAGAUUUGGCUAAAUUUAAAAUGGACAAGUUAGAAGAUGACAUAGUUGCUCUAAUGUCCAGACGAGCAUACGACAUAGCGGCCUCCACUCAGGGUGUCAAAGUUUAUCUCAACGGAGAGAGACUUAAAAUUAAUAAGUUUAAGGAUUAUGUUGACUUAUAUAUUAAGGGCAAGGAAGAUGAGAAUGGUCAUCCAUUGAAGGUUAUUUAUGAGAAAGUUAAUGAUAGAUGGGAGGUUGCCUUCACACUUUCCGAUGGAGAUUUCCAGCAAGUAUCUUUCGUUAACUCUAUAGCUACCACGAAAGGUGGUAAACACGUAGAUAAUGUAUCCGAUAGUAUUGUUAAGAAUGUUCUAGAAGUAUUAAAGAAGAAAAACAAGGGUGGUGUGAAUAUCAGACCCAACCAGGUCAAAAAUCACAUGUGGAUAUUUAUAAAUUGUCUAAUCGUAAACCCAACUUUUGAUUCACAAACCAAGGAGCAUAUGACUCUUCAAGCCAAGAGCUUUGGUUCAAAAUGUACUUUCUCUGAGAAAUUUAUUACCUCUGUGACAAAAUGUGGUCUGGUUGAAAGAGUGUUGACAUGGGCUAAGUUUAAAGCACAAACUGAAUUAGUUAAGUCUUCAGGCAAGAAACAGAGCAAACUGAAGGGCAUACCUAAGUUAGAGGAUGCUAAUGAUGCAGGAACUAAAAAUGCACAUCUCUGUACAUUGAUUUUAACUGAGGGAGACUCAGCUAAAACUCUCGCUGUGUCUGGCCUCAGCGUAGUGGGCAGGGACCACUAUGGCGUCUUCCCCUUGAAGGGUAAACCGUUAAACGUAAGGGAUGCAUCGCACAAACAAGUAUUAGAGAAUGUAGAAAUAAGUAAUUUAAUUAAGAUUAUCGGCUUACAAUAUAAGAAGAAGUAUAACACAUUGGACGAUUUAAAAUCAUUAAGGUAUGGUAAAGUGAUGAUUAUGGCUGAUCAGGAUCAGGACGGAUCCCAUAUCAAGGGUUUGAUCAUAAACUUCAUACAUCACAACUGGCCCGAGCUACUAAAGCUACCUUUUCUAGAAGAAUUUAUAACGCCCAUCGUCAAAGCAACGAAGAAGGACAAAGAGAUAUCAUUCUAUUCAUUACCAGAAUUCGAGGAAUGGAAGAAGGAAACUGAGAAUCAUCACACAUACAAUAUAAAGUACUACAAAGGUUUGGGUACCUCCACAUCUAAGGAGGCUAAAGAAUAUUUCCAAAACAUGGAUAGGCACCGAAUUAAGUUCAAGUACGUAGGAGCUACCGAUGACCACCACAUUGAGUUGGCUUUCUCCAAGAAAGGCGCCGAUCAACGUAAGGAAUGGUUGACGAGCCACAUGGACGAAGUUAAACGGAGGAAGGAGAUUGGUCUACAGGAGAGAUACUUGUACACUAAAGACACAAAAACUGUGACAUAUUCGGACUUUGUUAACUUGGAGCUGGUUCUCUUUUCAAAUGGUGAUAAUGUUAGAUCCAUCCCAUCCAUGAUUGACGGUCUGAAGCCUGGUCAACGUAAAGUGAUAUUCACAUGUAUCAAACGUAAUGACAAGAGAGAAGUGAAGGUCGCGCAACUGGCUGGUUCAGUUGCUGAACAUUCUGCUUACCAUCAUGGUGAGCAGUCCCUCGCGAUGACAAUCGUGAAUCUCGCUCAGAACUACGUGGGCUCGAACAACAUUAACCUGCUGGAGCCGCGCGGUCAGUUCGGUACUCGACUCUGCGGCGGCAAGGACAGUGCGAGCCCCCGUUACAUAUUCACGCUGAUGUCCCCGCUCACACGCAUGCUGUUCCAUCCGCAUGAUGAUCCUCUAUUGGUGCACGAAUAUGAAGACAACCAGAGAAUAGAGCCAGUACACUAUGUACCCAUACUGCCGAUGGUGCUCGUCAACGGUGCAGAGGGUAUCGGUACAGGCUGGUCCACCAAGAUACCCAACUACAACCCCAGAGAUAUAGUAGCUAAUAUAAGACGCAUGUUAGAUGGUGAGGAGCCAGUCCCAAUGCAUCCAUGGUACAAGAACUUCCGAGGCACCGUAGAAGGGUAUGGAGACAAGUAUGUGAUAUCUGGAGAGGCGGCCAUCUUGCCCGGAGACAAACUGGAGAUCACUGAGCUGCCGGUGGGCACAUGGACUCAGAACUACAAGGAGAAUGUUCUGGAACCCAUGCUUGGUACUGACAAAGUUAAACCACUCAUUUCGGAGUAUAGGGAGUACAACACAGACACAACAGUGCGGUUCGUGGUCUCUCUGCUGCCAGGCAAACUGGCCGAGAUCGAAGCGGAGGGCAUACACAAGGUGUUCAAGUUGCAGACAACUAUCUCUAUGACCUGCAUGAAUGCCUUCGACAAUAACAACUGCCUGAAGAAAUACGAGAAAGUCGAGGAGAUUCUACGCGAGUUCUACAACGUCCGUCUCCAGUACUACAACAAGCGUAAGCAGUUCCUUGAGGGGCAGCUGCAGGCCGAGGCGGACAAGCUCACCAACCAGGCCCGCUUCAUUGUCGAGAAGUGCGAUAAAGGGCUAGUGGUCGAGAACAAGAAACGGAAGGCCAUGGUGGAGGAACUGAUUAAGAGAGGCUAUGCUCCGGACCCAAUCGCUGAAUGGAAGAAAAAGGCGUCUAAGAUGCAAGGUCUCAGUGCAUUAGAGGAAGAGGAGGCGGCAGAAUCAGAAGAUGAGCCAGAACCUGAACCGCAGAAGGGAAAACCGGUUGAUCCAGAGAAAGCAUUCCAGCAACUGAAAGAAGUGAAACGGUUCAACUAUUUGCUGGGUAUGUCUAUGUGGAUGUUGACCAAGGAGAAGAAAGACGAGCUCCUCAAACAGAGGGACCAGAAGUUGGCCGAGCUCAAUGCCCUCAAGGAGAAGACGCCGGCGAUACUGUGGCGCGACGACCUAGACGUGUUCCUAGAGAAGCUGGAAGAAAUAGAAGAGAAGGAGAGACAGGAGGAGAGCGCCACCAACAAGAAGACGGCCAAGGCGCAGGCCGGUAAUAAGAAGAAUAGAAAGUCAAUCAUGGAGAUCAUUCCAUCAGAGCACGGAAGACGUAUUGAGCCCAAGAUAUCCGAGGAUCUCAUCAAGAGGAUUAAGGCAGCAGAGAAGGCCAAGAUCAAGAAGGAAGUGAAGAAGGAAUAUGAUCCGGAUGACCCAACGGGAGUGAGUCCGGCCAGCGGUGAGAAGAAACCGAAGGCGCGAGUCAAGAAGGAAAAACCUGAGAAAGUGGAAAAAGAGAAGAGCGACGGACUUAAACAGACCAAACUCAACUUCAAGAAAGAACCUAAGAAGAAGAAGAUGAACUUCAGCGGCAGCAGCUCUGAGGGCGAGAUGUCGGGGUCGGACGUGGAGCCCGACGUGCAGGUCGCGCCACGAGAGCGAACAUCAUCCAGACGAGCCGCCGCCAAGGUGCAAAAGUACAAGGACGGCGAGGAGUCGGAGUCGGGCUCGGAGGUGGAGCUGCUGGACAACAAGCUGGAUUCGGACGCGGAGGCGCCGCAGGCACUGAGUGCGAGUGACGACGAGGACGACUUCAAUGUCAGGAAGAACAAGGGCAAGAAGCCCGCUGAGAUGGACUCAGAUUGCCUAUUCGACUCGUUAAUUGAAGAAUCCAAAAAAGAGGAGAAGGAGAAGACGAACAAUCAUCAGCCCACGACGGUUAUAUCGAGCGACUCCGAGCCGCCCGCGCCAGAGCCGACCAAGAAGAAGGCAGCGCCCAAGAGGAAACUCAUGAAUGUUGACAAAGAAGACAAGAAAGAGACCAAACCCAAGAAAAGGCCCGCUAAGACCGCGCUCAGUCUAGACAGCGAUGAAGAAGACAGCAUAUUUGACACUAAAAAGGAGAAAAAGAAGGCUAACCCGAAGAAGAAGCUCAAGAAGCAGGUGUCUAGUGGGAGCGAGCCCGAGCUGUCGGAUGUGCCGGCGCCGCGCGCGCCCACGCGGCCCCGCGCCAAGAACAACUAUCACUUCAGUGACGGAUCCGAUGAGGAUUAGAGAAUUAGCAGCGAAGGACAGAUCUGAGGCUAACCCGAGACUACUGCGCGCAGUAGUACCGCGCGUUUUGUACAAUAUUUACAGACAGAUAAAUAUUUUCGUAUGUUUCUUUUACAAGUGUGUUUUUCAGACGCGAGUAUCGUACCGUAGUACCUUUUAGUUUUGUAUUGUGACGUUGGCAUUUUCAUGUUUUUGUGUUUCUGACAUUGUAAAUAAUACAUUUUUUCUACUUUUCCAAUGACUUAACUUUUAACAUUAAUUUACUUUUCUUUGUUUCUUACGACUUUUGUUUAUCGUCUAUCGAUAUUAUUUUUUCUCUCAUUCCAUGUAAAAUGUCAAUUAGCGUUAUUUAAUGUAUGUUUGAUGUAUUUGUUGAUUCCAUUUUUAUCACGCGA